AAGAUUAUUUUUCUUGGUGGUUUACCAGGCAAGAUAUACAGUUAGGGCAAUGCAACGCGAUGAUUAUUUAUGCGAAGAUAUAAUAGAAAGUACUGGAAGAGGAGAACCCUUACCACCCAGGCUAAGCCUAAGCGAUGAAGCGGAAAUUAAUGAAAAUAGUUCAGUACCUAUAUAUGAACAAACACACAAUGUUCAUCGACAAGCAUUCGGAAUAGACACGCCUGGAGAAUGUUACAAUGUCAACAAUGGGGAUUAUUCGUUUGGAUUUACGGAUAAUGCUUCAGAGAACUUUCGCUCUAAAACGUCAGACAAUCAUUCAAGUGGAAAACAAAUGCCCGAUCCAUCAAUGACGUCACUGACAGUCUCAGCCCUCGUUUGUGACAAAUCACCUUCCCAGCCUGCUUCUCCAUAUCUUUCACGUCACAGGUUCCAAAGAGAAUCACAGGCCAGGGUGAGUGACGCUGAGAUUGUGAAAGAACGGAGAAAAAAGUUGAUCAGCAUGAGACAAUCGUCUGCGAUGUUUGGUGCUGGAACAAGUUCAGUUGGUAACGUUACCAAGAGUUUUGGUCACGUACGCAAACGACAUUCAAGUGGGAAGUCUUUCGCAAAAAAUGUCAAUGAUGACCACAAAGAGUUUGCGUUUGGUCCUGUAUGGUUGGACGGAAAAGAUUCUGAAGUCAAAAAUUUGGAUGUCGAUAUCAAGUCUCUAGAAUCACCUGAUCUUCGUUAUGCGAGGAGUAUUGGAAUAACAACAGAAUCUUUUGGGUCUAAGCGAAAUACAAUCGCGGCAGUUCACUAUCAACAAAUUCAUUCUGAGAAACAACCUAUUGAUGUAGCAAGCCCACGCAAAAGAACUAUAGCACCAAUAGGAAGUCUUGAUGAUCAAAUACGUCACAGAAAGAACCAUCGCAAAAUUCGAUCACAGACUUUACCAGAACGGGAAAUAGAAAACGAAAUAAAAGCAUCACCGAAAUUAUUACGAUCAGCCACUAUACAAGAAACUGUUAGAGAGGAAUCCGACGAAACGACUCCACCAGAACCAGAGUCACCAAAGUCUCCAACUGCAAGUCAAAUUCUGAAAGAAGAUCCUGAAGCCAAGCAAGCUGUUUCUUAUCCUGAUAUUCCGAGAGCAAUUUCGCCAGAAAGUUUGAAGUACAGUCAAAGCGGAUCAGCAGCAGAUAUGAAAUCGGCUUUCAAGAGAAUGCGUAGUAGACUGAAUGCAUCACAGCGGAUUUUACCACCAACUUCUCCUCUCAAACCAACAAGAGGAACCGUUGUCACAUCCAGUCCAGAAGAAACAAAAGAUAUAAGAGACAGACCAUCGAUGUCAUUCUCUGUCAAUGCUACAGUAGAUGAACCGAGAAAACGUUCUGGUAGUUUUGGAUCCAAAAUGUUAAGAAGAGCUAAAAGUGCAGUUGGAAAGCAAUCUAAGAAAGAGUUUCAAGUUCACAAAAAAGACCAGAAAGAAUUGAAUGCUGAAUCUCCAAGUCCUGCAAGAAAUUUAAUCAGAAAGCAGCGAAGCUUAAACGAAAAUUUGGUUCAUCGAGUCGGGUCGUCCCCUAACGAUUAUAGUGUUAUGAGGCAAAAUACCUUUGACGGGUCAUUUUUUGAAGAUGGAAGCUUGUUCCACGGCUCAGAUGUUUCAUCAUUUUCAAUCCCUCGUUCGAGCAUGAAUGUAGUGAUGCAGGGCGACAUCUCACGGCGACGGCGAAUGGGUUGGACUAAAAAUUGGGGCGUAUUGACAGAAGACAGGAUUUUAACCUUGUAUAAAUCGAAAAAAGAUUUUGAAGUUACGAAAAAGUGUUGGGGGUUGCCAACAGAAAACCAAUUUGACAUGGAAGACAAGACUGGGACAAUUGGAAAUUAUUCUUACGCCAAUUCCCCCGCUCCGUUGAGUGGAAUAGCAUCUGUUAUAAAUUUAAGUGGAGGAUGCGAAAUAGAAGACGUCGAACAAGGAAAGAAAAGCACAACAUUUAAUCUCAUACCUCAUUCCUAUCAAUCGUUUUCUCAACGAGGAGUUACAUCAACACUCCCCGUUGAUAUCGAUUGGAAAUUGCAACAAAAACCUAUUCAAUUGAUGUGUAAAAACAAUGAUGAAUUUCUGUACUGGGUGAAAGCAUUUUACCAAUUGAAUACCGAAGAACGCACUGGCAAAAAGACGGAACAAAGAAUUUUAACUCCGAUUUUGAAGCCAAAAAGUGUGCAAGGAGAAAACACAAAUCCUCAAUCCCAAAACCAAGGAAGAAAUCAGGAGGCCAAUAUAGAUCUUGGUAAUUGGAUAACCAACAACAGGCUUGUUUCUGGACUAGAUGCGGGGAGCAUGAACGGACAAGUAAGACAAGAAAUUCGUUCCCAUCAGCAGAAGCCAGUCGUAAAAAGCGAGAGUUAUCAACAGGCUUCGCAGCACGAAAGGGAUGUAAAUCAUGAAAAUGGUGUUGAUUUUAUUCCAAGAAAAUCGAGCCUUGAUUUGGAUAAAAUAAAAUUUAUAGAUGAGGACGCUGAUGAAGGUGAUUCAUCGCACGGAAUUCGAAGGAGUUCAGAUUGUACAAAUGUAACCACUGCAUGUGAAGAUAUAUCAAAAACGGGAAAUCAAAUAAACACUGAUGAAUUUGAAGACAAAGGUAUAGAUAUUCGAAGACGGCGCAGGAAAGUUAGAAGUGCUCAAGAAAAUAUGGAAAUUGAGCUAAAAAGAUGUUCCAUUACUGAAAAACUGGAUCUGCGACGGGCUGAAAUCGUUGAGGGGAAUGUUUCCUCGGAUACACCAUUUCAUAGUGAUAAAAUACAAAAGGAAGUGAAUCACAAAGUUAAAUCAAAAAGUAAAUAUUCAAAAAUGCCAAAUAAUAACGAAAAUCAAGGCAACGUUUGCAUAAGCAAUCUACAAGAUAACGGUAGCAAAACAUCCAAAGCAGGCCAACAUCAACACAACGCUCACCGGAAAAACGAGAGAAGUUCGGCAAACAUAGAACAUAAAACGAGAGAUAAGAAAUCAGUCAACGAAAAACACUCACGCGGAAGAAAAAAUAAUGUUAUCGGUGAAGUCUCGGACGUCGGAGAGCAAACAAUAGGAUAUAUGCAGCCUGAUAAGAAGGGCGAUUUUACUUCUUCUAACGGGGCCGUAUAUAUUGGUCACUUGACGGGAAAGAAAACAUUAGCAGUGGGGUAGCAAGUGAGAAGAACAAACAUACCAAUACGGUCGACGAACAGUGCGAAA